CACCGGAGUUCCGUGCCAGUAGUCCUCCACGCCCAUAGAGGACGCUGCAAAGAGUAGACGUUCUCGCGAGAGGCGUGGGCCGAUCUCCCUCUCUUUUUCUCUCUCCAAGCAUAGAGAGCGCGUGGGAGCGCAAGCGCAUGCGUACUCGCUGGUGCGCCGUAGGCAGAGGGAAGGCACAACCUGGCUAGCGCUCUGGAAAGCGCGCGUGCGCCGUAGCAAGCUCGGCGCUGCCGGGGCCGCCGUGUGGGAGAGCUGGUGUGCGACAGCGGUGCGGGCCGUCGGGAUGUUCCGAAAGGCCCGGCGAGUGAACGUGCGCAAGCGGAACGAUUCCGAGGAAGAGGAGCGGGAGCGCGAAGAGGAGCAGGAGCCGCCGCCGUUGUUGCCGCCGGGCACUGGCGAAGAGCAGGGCCCCGGCGGCGGCGACAGGGCCCCCGGGGGGGAGGCGCUGCUGGGCCCGGGGUUGCCGCCGCCUUCAGCGCUGACCCCAGGUCUUGGGGCUGAGGCAGGGGGCGGCUUCCCCGGCGGCGCGGAGCCGGGCAACGGGCUGAAGCCGCGCAAGAGGCCUCGCGAGAACAAAGAGGUGCCCCGGGCCAGCCUGCUCAGCUUCCAGGACGAGGAGGAAGAAAAUGAAGAAGUUUUCAAAGUGAAGAAAUCAAGUUAUAGCAAAAAGAUAGUAAAAUUGCUCAAGAAAGAAUAUAAAGAAGAUCUUGAAAAAUCGAAGAUUAAGACAGAACUCAAUUCAUCAGCUGACAAUCUUUGCAAAAAUUUAGAUGAACAACCUUUGGACAAAACAGGACAUGUUAAGGAUACAAGUCAAGAAGAUGGUGUUAUCAUCAGUGAACAUGGUGAAGAUGAAAUGGAUAUGGAAAGUGAAAAGGAGGAAGAAAAGCCAAAGGCUGGUGGAGCUUUUUCAAAUGCUUUAUCUUCUUUGAAUGUUCUCCGUCCAGGAGAAAUUCCAGAUGCGGCUUUUAUUCAUGCUGCGAGAAAAAAGCGUCAGAUGGCACGGGAAUUGGGAGAUUUCACUCCUCAUGAUAAUGAGCCUGGUAAAGGCCGCCUUGUUAGAGAAGAUGAGAACGAUGCCAGCGAUGAUGAAGAUGAUGAUGAGAAACGCCGUAUAGUUUUUUCUGUGAAAGAAAAGUCACAAAGACAAAAAAUCGCUGAGGAAAUAGGCAUUGAGGGGAGUGAUGACGAUGCUUUAGUAACUGGAGAACAAGAUGAAGAGCUAAGCCGAUGGGAACAGGAGCAGAUAAGAAAAGGAAUUAAUAUCCCUCAGGUUCAAGCAAGUCAGCCCGCUGAAGUGAAUAUGUACUACCAGAACACUUACCAGACAAUGCCUUAUGGUUCAUCCUAUGGCAUUCCUUAUAGUUAUACGGCCUAUGGAUCAUCAGAUGCCAAAUCUCAAAAAACAGAUAAUACAGUCCCUUUCAAAACUCCCAGUAAUGAGAUGACUCCCGUUACUAUUGAUUUGGUAAAGAAACAGCUUAAAGACAGGUUGGACUCCAUGAAAGAAUUGCACAAAACAAAUCGACAGCAGCACGAGAAACAUCUGCAAAGCCGAGUGGACUCUACCAGGGCUAUUGAAAGAUUAGAAGGGUCUUCUGGGGGUAUUGGUGAACGGUAUAAAUUUUUGCAAGAAAUGCGAGGGUAUGUCCAAGACUUGCUUGAGUGUUUCAGUGAAAAGGUGCCACUGAUUAAUGAACUUGAAUCAGCAAUACAUCAGCUGUACAAACAGCGAGCUUCCCGCCUUGUCCAAAGACGACAAGAUGAUAUUAAAGAUGAAUCUUCGGAGUUUUCAAGCCAUUCAAAUAAAGCUCUGAUGGCACCAAAUCUUGAUUCCUUUGGACGAGAUCGGGCACUGUAUCAAGAACAUGCAAAACGCCGGAUUGCAGAGCGGGAGGCCAGGAGGACUCGUCGUAGACAAGCCAGAGAGCAAACUGGUAAGAUGGCAGAUCACCUUGAAGGCCUUUCCAGUGAUGACGAAGAAACUUCUACAGAUAUUACUAAUUUCAAUCUGGAAAAAGAUCGAAUUUCAAAAGAAUCCAGCAAAGUUUUUGAAGAUGUCCUUGAAAGUUUCUGUUCAAUCGAUUGUAUUAAAGCACAGUUUGAAGCAUGGCGUUCAAAAUACUACAUGUCCUAUAAAGAUGCUUACAUCGGCCUUUGUUUGCCAAAGUUGUUCAACCCCCUCAUAAGACUGCAGCUCCUCACUUGGACUCCUUUGGAGGCAAAAUGUCGUGACUUUGAGAAUAUGUUGUGGUUUGAAUCUUUGCUGUUUUAUGGAUGUGAAGAAAGAGAGCAAGAGAAAGAUGAUGUAGAUGUUGCACUACUACCUACCAUUGUGGAAAAGGUGAUUCUUCCUAAACUAACAGUGAUAGCUGAAAAUAUGUGGGACCCUUUUUCUACAACACAGACUUCAAGAAUGGUUGGAAUUACACUAAAAUUAAUAAAUGGAUAUUCUUCAGUAGUGAAUGCAGAAAAUAAAAAUACACAGGUAUACCUAAAAGCACUUUUAUUGAGAAUGAGGAGAACUUUAGAUGAUGAUGUAUUUAUGCCUUUAUAUCCCAAAAAUGUCUUAGAAAAUAAAAAUUCUGGGCCUUACUUGUUUUUUCAACGACAAUUUUGGUCUUCGGUUAAGCUAUUAGGGAAUUUUCUUCAGUGGUAUGGCAUUUUCUCAAAUAAAACUCUUCAGGAAUUAUCAAUAGAUGGCUUAUUAAAUAGAUACAUUCUCAUGGCUUUUCAGAAUUCAGAAUAUGGAGAUGACAGCAUCAAAAAAGCCCAAAAUGUAAUCAAUUGUUUCCCCAAACAGUGGUUCAUGAAUUUGAAAGGAGAAAGAACUAUUUCUCAGUUAGAAAACUUUUGUCGAUACCUUGUACAUUUAGCAGAUACAAUUUAUAGAAAUAGUAUUGGGUGCUCUGAUGUGGAAAAAAGAAAUGCAAGGGAAAACAUAAAACAGAUAGUAAAACUCCUUGCAAGUGUUCGAGCUUUGGAUCAUGCUAUGUCUGUUGCAAGUGACCACAAUGUGAAAGAAUUUAAGUCUUUGAUUGAAGGAAAAUAGAUCUGAGACCGAAAGGCCUAUUUGCUCUAGUACCAUUCCCAAUGUAUAAAUUUUGUAUAUAUGUAAAGUUUCUUAAACUGUAAAAUAUUGAUUCUUGUUUUAAUACAAAAAACAUUAUAUUCAAUACUCUGUCCUUAAAUGCAAUUUCUUCAGAAUGAAAGGAAUUCAGAUUAUUUCUAGGAGUCAAUGAAUGUUUUCUUUACUGCCUGUCAUACUUUGUUUACAGAAGUAUUUUGUAUGGUCAUUCAAAUUAACCCUCUCAGUUAAUUGUCCUCUGUAAACGAUGUGUGCAGUGUAAAUUAUGUAAUUAUGCAUAUAUAUAUAUAUAUUUAUAUCACCAUGGACUUACUUUCACACUGGAAAUUUGUGGUGUUUUUUUACAGAGGAAGCCUUUUAACAGCAGAAAAUUAUCCAGUAGCAAAUUGUCUUAGGGAAAUUACUACACUGUUGCAACAAAAGGGCUGGCAAGUGACUAGAUGUUCAUCACCUUUUGGUUAGCGUUGCUAUCACUGUAGCUGUGCUGCCUUAAAAUUGAGAGCUGAGUUGUGGACUUAGUCAUUGAGUGAAUGUUGAACAUUCUUCCUGAAUCGGCAUUAGAGUUAAAUGGGUUUAAUGUGACCGCUAAAUGACAUGUGCAACAUAGUUUCAAAUGGAACAUAGCAGUUUAAUUUUUGAAAAUAACAAACCCACAACCUAAUUGCAUGGUUUUGGGCUGACUAUCCUGUCUCAUUCAUGAUUUUAUUCCCUGCCCAGCUUACAGAUACAUGCAUUUGAAUUUUAGUAGUCUGUCAUUAUAUUUAAAAUCCCACAUAUGUGAGUUAUAUAUGCAAUAAAGAAUACGCCUUGCUGAUUCACACCCAGGCAAUUUAAUAUCCAUGGUCUUCUAUAACGUUUAUACCACAUUGUAAAUAUUCAAAGAACUUGUUUUAAAGUUUAUGCUUUCUGAUUCUGUGAUUUUCAAAAGAAGAACUUUUUGGAAAUUAAGGACUAUUGUUUGAUAAUUAUAUAUGUAAUUAAGCUUUAGCCAAGCAUUAAAUUAAUUUUUAAAUAUA